AUCUCACUCUUCCUUUUUCACUUUGUGCGUGUGUGUUUGAUGACGGAAAAUUGCAAAUAGAUCGCUGAAAAUGGCUAAAAAGAAAAGCGAGGAGCACUCCGGUGCGGAUGCGAAUGACAGCGACUACACGGAGGAGCCGAACUUCGAGGAUCCGCCCGGCUUUGUGGAUCAAAUUACCGAUGAUGUUCUAUUGGGCGACAUGUUGGCCCAGCGCCCCUCGGAGGCGGACGGCGUUGAGAGCGUGGUCGUGGUGGACAACAUCCCGAAGGUGGAGCCUGUGCGCCUGGAGAAGCUCAAGUCCGUGAUCAACAAGCUCUUCUCGCACUGCGGCGACAUCGUCAAUGUGGUCUAUCCCGUUGACGAGGAGGGCAAGACCAAGGGCUAUGCCUUCAUGGAAUACAAGCAGGCCGGUCAGGCGGAGGAGGCGGUCAAGAAGUUGAACAACCAUCGCCUGGACAAGAACCACACCUUUGCCGUUAAUCUGUUUACUGAUUUCCAAAAGUACGAGAACAUCCCUGAGAAGUGGGAUCCGCCCACGGUGCAGACCUUUAAGGUGCAAAGCGACCUGUACAACUUCAUCAACGAUCCCGAUACCUAUGACCAGUACUGCGUGGCCGCCGAGACUUCUCAAAACUGCGUACAGGUGGGCUUCUGGCAGAACGUUCUGCCCGAACCCUUUGAGCUGGAGACUCGCGAGCGCUUUACCGAUACCUUCGUCAAGUGGUCACCCCUGGGAACCUAUGUGGUGACAUUCCACAAGCCCGGCGUGGCUAUCUGGGGAGGUAGCAGCUUCCAAAAGAUCCAGAAGUUCCCCCAUCCUGCCACCCAGUUUGUGGAGUUCUCGCCCUGCGAGAAUUACCUCGUGACCUACGGACCCACGCCCACUGGGCAGAAGAUCAUCAUCUGGGACAUCCGCACCGGAGCCGAGAAGCGUUCGUUCGUGGCCGACGGCAUGUCGGUGCUGUCCAUGUUCCGCUGGUCGCACGACGACAAGUUUGUUGCGCGCAUGGGUGAGAACUCGAUCCACGUCUACGAGACGCCCUCUUUCUAUCUGCUCGACCUGAAGUCGAUCAAGAUUCCGGGCAUCCGGGGCUUCUCUUGGUCGCCCACGGACAAUGUGAUCGCCUACUGGGUGGAGGAACAGAACCAGAUCCCCGCUCGCGUCACACUGAUGGAGAUCCCCAAGAAGCGCGAGACCCGCAACAAGAACCUCUUCCAUGUGGCCGACUGCAAGCUACACUGGCAAAAGUCCGGCGACUACCUAUGCGUCAAGGUGGAUCGUUACUCAAAGUUGAAGAAGGACAAGAAGGACCUCGACGUUAAGUUCCUGGGCAUGUUCUACAACUUUGAGAUUUUCCACAUGCGUGAGAAGGAGAUUCCCGUCGACUCUGUGGAGAUUCGCGAGCUGAUUCUGGCCUUCGCCUGGGAGCCCAUCGGCAACAAGUUCUCAAUUAUCCACGGCGAGCCCAACUCCUCCAACGUGAGCUUCUACGAGGUGAACAAGGGCGUGAAGCCUAGCUUGGUGAAGCGUUUGGAGAAGAAGUCCUGCACGCAUUUGUUCUGGUCACCACGCGGCCAGUUCAUCGUGAUGGCAAACCUUACCAUGGGCACCUUUGAGUUUGUGGACUCCACCAACGAUUACAUCAUCAGUGCGUCUCCGGAUCACUUCCGCGCCUCCGAGGUCGAGUGGGAUCCCACCGGACGCUACGUUGUGACUGGAGUCUCCUCCUGGAAGGUGAAGGAGGACACCGGCUUCAACAUGUACACGUUCCAGGGCCGCAUCAUCAAGCGCACUAUCCUCAAGAACUUUGUGCAGUUCUUGUGGCGCCCGCGUCCUCCCACUCUCCUAGGCGAAGAGAAGCAGAAGGAGAUCAAGAAGAACCUUAAGAAGUACUACGCCGCCUUCGAGCAGAAGGAUCGCCUUCGUCUCACCCGUGCCUCCAAGGAGCUGCUGGAGAAGCGCUCCCAGCUGCGCGAGACCUUCAUGGAGUACCGCAACAAGCGCAUCGCCGAAUGGGCGGAUCAGAAGAGUCGUCGCGUCAUGCUGCGAGGGCAUGUGGACACAGAUAACUUGGAAACUGAUGAAGUGGAUGAAGAGAUUGUUGAAUUUUUAGUCAAGGAAGAAGUCACCCUGCUGGAGUAGACGACCCCCUCAGCGCCACACACCCGCUGUCGUCCCCUGCCUACUUCGAAGCGAUCCUGUCGCCUCUCAUUUCGUGUCCGGGACGCGUCUACGCCCUGGUUGAGGCCAGGGCCCCACCCCAUUAUCCAAUCCAGUAGCGCGUCUGCUUGCAAACAACUCUGAGCGGAACCUUUGCCUAUACAUACAAUAUACAAACUAUAAGCACUAAAGUAAACUUCAACAAAAUCAGCACUUGCUAAUACAACAUAUAAUUAAAUGACCUUUAUUGAGCACACCCCUCCUUCCAGUAUGCCUAAAAGUAGAUUUGCGAUGUAUUUGUAUGUAAACAGCAAAAAGAAAACGAAAACAAAAUA